UCGGAUUUCUCCUACACCCUGAGCCCCGUCGCGCGCCAUGCCCGGCCCGGUGGCCGGUAGUAAAUCUCGGGUGUAUGCCGAUGUCAACACUUUGAAGAGCAGGGAAUAUUGGGACUACGAGGCCCAUGUGCCCACCUGGAGUAACCAGGAGGAUUACCAGCUGGUACGGAAGCUCGGGAGGGGAAAAUACAGCGAGGUCUUCGAGGCAAUCAACAUCAACAACAAUGAGAAGGUGGUGGUCAAAAUCCUCAAGCCUGUCAAGAAAAAGAAGAUCAAGAGAGAGAUCAAGAUCCUGGAGAACCUGCGAGGAGGAACCAACAUCAUUCAGCUAAUGGACACAGUAAAGGACCCUGUGUCUCGAACACCUGCGCUUGUCUUUGAAUGCAUCAAUAACACAGAUUUUAAGGAGCUGUAUCAAAAGCUAACAGAUUACGAUAUACGUUUUUACAUGUAUGAACUACUAAAGGCUCUGGACUACUGCCACAGUAUGGGGAUCAUGCACCGCGACGUCAAACCCCACAAUGUUAUGAUCGACCACCAGUUAAGGAAGCUGAGAUUGAUAGACUGGGGUCUCGCUGAGUUCUAUCACCCCGCACAAGAGUACAAUGUCAGAGUGGCUUCACGCUAUUUCAAGGGUCCAGAACUGUUGGUGGACUACCAGAUGUAUGAUUACAGUCUGGACAUGUGGAGUCUCGGCUGCAUGCUGGCCAGUAUGAUCUUUCAGAAAGAGCCUUUCUUUCAUGGCCAAGACAACUACGAUCAGUUGGUGCGGAUUGCAAAAGUUCUCGGGACGGAUGAGUUAUUUGGCUACCUGCGCAAAUACCACAUUGAACUGGAUCCACGAUUCAAAGACCUGCUUGGCCAGCAGACACGGAAGCGCUGGGAACAGUUUGUGCAGACGGAGAACCAGCAUUUGGUGAGUCCAGAGGCUCUGGACCUUCUCGACAAGCUGCUACGCUACGACCAUCAGCAGAGACUGACCGCCACCGAGGCCAUGGAGCACCCUUAUUUCUAUCCAGUGGUGAAGGAGCAGUCUCACACUAAUACAGAUGGCACCAUAGUGUCAAGUGGAACCAACACACCCCGAUGAGAGCAGGACCCGGAAAAGGAAGGCGUUUGUUACCUCAAUUUUUUAUCCCUUGUGUCUGAAACCUCUUCAAGUGUACAGUGAAAGUUGGAUCUAAGCAGCACCUGUUACACCUCGUCUCUCAGACACACACACACACAUGCACACUCGCAUACACUCACACCGACACAGACAUUACAGCUUUCCUGUGUCUGUCAAGGUUGGUCUGCCCUUCUAUAACAGGUCUGUUCCUCUAGCUUGAAGAUUUCAAAGCUUUCCCUCCCAAGUUUUAGAUGAAAGGAAUAUAUCCUCGACUCCACCCCCAAGUACACUGGCCCCUCCCACCUUAAACUAGGCAUGGAGAAUGAGACCAGAAUGAACCCCGCCCCCUCUCUCCUUAUUGGUCUGUGUGUCCGUCUGUUCAGUAUUCAGACCUUGGCGCAGCCUCCACAUACUGUAGUAAUAAAGUGGCAUGGUGGACCUUUAUUUCUUUGCUCUAGGUAGAUUGAUUACUAUAUUAAUGAAAAUAAAUGAUUUUUAUUUAGA